AUGGCCGAUAAUUUGCUACAAGGGCUUCAGGCGGCCGCAAAUGCAACAUCACAGGCAGGGGUGAGUUUCUUGCUAACUAUUUUUCUUUUGAACGGUUCGGUUGGCGUUCGAACAUUAUAUAGCAAUGCAAUCGUACAUAGAUUAUACAUUGUCAUUAACAUUAUUCUUAUUAAUUUUUUUUGGCCAAUAAUGAUAGGCCCUGCAAUAUUUUGAACAGCUAAAGAAUUCCCCAGACGGCUGGAAGCUAUGUGGUGAUGCCCUAAUUCGAAAUCUUUACAGGUAAUUGAAAUUUGAUAUUAAAGUUAAUUGUUUUACUGUGGUAUUAAGUCGUUAACGUUUUGGACCUCAUUGAGCAUUAUUUCAGACCUUGAUUAAAAAUAUGCAUUGUUUGAUAUAAUUUAUAUUGAUUUUAUGUUAUCAUUCAUAAUUCAUAUGCAUCUAUAUAGUACAUUGUCUUUCAUUCAAAAUAUUUUCUCUAUUUGUGAUUGACCAAAUUUGGAUAGUCUGGAACCAGCUCCACAGUGGGGGAAAAGGGCACAAAACAGGGUCAAAAAGGAAAAAGCGAUGGCCUGGAGGGGGAAGUGGGGGGGGGGAUGCAGCAGAUCCUAGAGACAUGCCUUUGAUGCUGCCGUUCUGUGAUACCAUUCUGGUGUCAAAUGUCUUCAUGUUGACAGAUUCGCGGUGCUGUGGACAGUAUCGCGCUCUUUCAAUAGAAGGCUCAUAGAAUUUGAGAAAAGAUUUUAAGAGAUGAACGAGGGUGGAUUGGUGGCAUCAACGCAUUUCUCCAGGCUCUACCUUUUCUCUUCCCCAGACUACCUCUUACCCGUUUUGCUUCGCUAUAUCGAAGACCCCACUAUUCAGCCUGUAACCAACAAUUUUUUUGGUACCAUGGCACUUCGUUAUAAUGGAGUUCCAUCAAAAUCCUGCAAACAAGCUAGGGCUGGCAGGAAAUGAACAAUUAAGGCAAGAGGGAUUUCAAUUUGACUUGCUGAAUGCUCCCAAUCUUCUUGCAGCCCCGACACCUAAAAACAACAGCGAACAGACUGCUUAUCUUGCAAGCUACACAGGCUAAUGUAACUAGACAUGCAGGGCUCGAAUUUAAAAAAAAUCCUCAGGUUGCCCUGUGGCGAACAACUGGAGAAAUAUAGUCGUCAGAUGCAAAUUUUUAGUCUCCAGUUUUUAUAAUGUAAAUGACGCAGCACAGAGCUUGUGAUAUUUCGCGCGGUCGUGAAGCCAUGAAAUUCAGGUAAAUCCGUGAAAUUCACAAAAGCACGUAAAAUACCGCAAAAUUUUGUAGAAAUCUUAUGAGAUACGUGUCUGUACAACAUAUUUGAAAUUUAUCUCAGCAAAUUUAUCUUGAAACUUCGUCACUAAAACAUGCAAACAACGUUCCGAAACUACCAGGCGUAGAUUAUGUUGUGAAAAACUGGGCACUAGCCAUGACGUUAAAGGCUUUGCCAUUGGUUCAUUUCCAUCAAAAUCCUGCAAACAAGUUAGGGCUGGCAGGAAAUGAACAAUUAAGGCAAGCAAGAUUUCAAUUUGACUUGCUGAAUGCUCCCAAUCUUCUUGUGGCCCCGACACCUAAAAACAACAGCAAACAGACUGCUUAUCUUGCAAGCUACACAGGCUAAUGUAACUAGACAUGUAGGGCUUGAAAUUAAAAAAAAUCCUCAGGUUGCCUUGUGGCGAACAACUGGAGAAUUAUAGUCGUCAGAUGCAAAUUUUUAGUCUCCAGUUUUUGUAAUGUAAAUGACGCAGCUCAGGGCUUGUGAUAUUUCGCGCGGUCGUAAAGCCAUGAAAUUCAGGUAAAUCCGUGAAAUUCACAAAAGCAUGCAAAAUACUGCAAAAUUUGGUAGAAAUCUUAUGAGAUACGUGUCUGUACAACAUAUUUGAAAUUUAUCUCAGCAAAUUUAUCUUGAAACUUCGUCACUAAAACAUGCAAACAACAUCCCGAAACUACCAGGCGUAGAUUAUGUUGUGAAAACUGGGCGCUAGCCAUGACGUUAAAGGCUUUGCCAUUGGUUCAUUUCUGGAGCGUAUUGUUGUUGAAAGAGCAAAUGAUGACCUCUGUUUGAAAAACGUUAAAAAUGCUGGUGUGAUCAGCCAAUCGAUUUCUAGCGAAUUUUCCCUGAAAAUAACCACAAAAUUGGCCGUUUUUUUCCAAUUGUAUUUAGGCGAAGUUUGCACCGAAAAUUCCCAGGAAAUUGACCAAUUUUUCUGGGGAUUUGUCCCUAAAAAUCCUGCAAAAUUUGACUUAUUUUUCACAAACUGUGAGAAGCCCAUGGUGUAUAGUAUUGCGCCAUCCAUCAGAUUUGAAAAUAUCAUCAAUAGAAGUCGGUAUAUAUUCGGAGAUAAACUGGCUUUGUUUAUGCGAUUUGGCACAUUUUUUAUUAUGUAAGCAAAGCAAGAUAAUAUGAAAUGUUUGUUUUAACUUUACUCUUUUAAUUAAAUUUUAUAUCUAAAGCAUAGAGAAAUCUGAUUGCUACUUUGGUGACUAAACCAAAACUUUUAGUCGCCAAGGAGAAAAUGUUAGUUUCAUUGGCGACCUUAUUACUCGCAAUUUCAAGCCCUGACAUGUCAUAAAGUUUUUAUGGUGGGGUUUCACUGUACCUGCAAAAGGGCAAGACAUCGACAUCCUACAAACAAGCCAGGGCUGCAUUACAGAACGGCGCCUGUAGAUCCGUGUCACCUGCAAAAUCGCGGGUCCCAUGACUAUUUGCGCACUCACAAAGGAACCCGACGCAUGUUUUGUCCUUUGAUUCAAGACUCUAGUGUUAGUGUAUUGUUUCCACUAUACUAAGGUAAUUUGACUUAAGAAAAUCAAUAGAUCGAAGCUUUCGCGCUACUCUCUGUUUUAUAUGGAAAUGCAAACGCUCAACUUGUCAAAUAUUUUGACUUCAUAAGAUAUUAAGAUUUAGGCCAGCAGAAUGUAUACAAUGCCAGAAAAACAAUCAGGAAGUCGAAUGGUUUUGAACUGCACUAGAAGUUGUUUUUAUCAGUAUGCAAAUCACCUACCCAAUCACUUACUUUCCAUCAAACUGAAAUAUCCUGACUUUUUUUACCGCUUUUCGAUUUGCUUCGUGUCAUUUUAUAUUAUUUUGUGCAAGCUGAGUUCUUUCAUGCUAAUUUGCACUUUCAAAAAGAAAAAAACUUCGAGGAAACGUUGUGUUUACAACCACCGCAAUUCGUAUCUAUUUCGCUUCACUUACACUUACGUGCAAAUUACUGUUCAUCCGCCUGAUUUCGCUGGAGACAAAAAUGUCGAUUUUGAAUAAUUCCCAGAUACUUGUUUUUUCGGACACCCUUUUUAUUUUGGCUAUCAAGAUUUUAUAAGCUAAGCUUCAGACUUUUCAUUCCAACGUUUUAAUGCGGGAAAGUUAAGAGAAAUGCUGCAACUGAUUUAAGUCACGCAACAGACCUUAAGACUGCAUAACUUGAUCUUUCUGAUAUCUUUUGUUCUUCUAUUGUCUCCAAAACAUUAACGAUGUUUCACCAAUUUCCACCUACAAAUAAUAGGAGAUAUUUGAUUGACAACAAUUUGCAUUUACUAGCGAGGCGUUUCUACAGGCACGAUUUUGUAAUGUGGGGUGAAAACAAGAAUUGGGGCAAGUAGGAUUUCAAUUUGACUUGCGGAAUGCUCCCAAUCUUCUUGUGGCUCCAACACCAAAAACAACAGCAAUAACCUGCUUGUCUUGCCAGCUACACAGGCUAAUCAGCUAUGUAGCUAGACAUGUCAUGAAGUGUGUUGCAGUUAUUGAAAAAGUUAAUUAUUUGAAAAACUAUGUGUGUUUUUACCUAUGUAUACAACUGUUUCAAGAAAAGUUGUUGGAAAAAGUGCACGCGACAAUCCCAAAAGGUAUUGUGGGUGGUUUUUAGUUCACUGGUUUUCAAAGAAAUUUCAAAGAAUGGCAAGAAAGGCCAUGGACGUAUGUUUGCGAGUGCUAAAGGAAAGCAACAAAAGUAGAUUUGACAGCUACAGUGUCAGGAACAAGUGUAUUGAUCGUAUCCCAUAUUACCUUUCGGGAUUGUCGCGUGCACUGUUUUUCCAACAACCUUUCUCGAAAUAGCUGUAUACCCAGUUGAUACAGUUAAGACUCUGGACAGUACACUCCUCUUAAGUAGACAGCUCUUCUUUCAGCUUAUAUCAGUUUUUUCACAUACCUGCCAUUACGCUUCAAAACACCACUUGAAUUUUAUGCUUGUGCCUGAAUUACAGCAUUGUCAGAGCAACUGUAUCAAACAGUUUUUUUUUGGUAUCCCGGUAUUUAUUCAUCACAGAAAUGCACCCAUUGAUAAUUGACGAUCAUGAAAAAUGACAUAGUGAGAGUGUCAAUCAAGAAAUCCCCUGUGUAUAUCCUUUUCCUGAUUAUUGUUCUUGCUAGGAAUACCACAAAAUAAUUUAAGAAUAAAACUUCACGCAACUAACAAUUAAUACUUCAGUCUAUCUGUCUAAAUUUAAUCCAAAUUAGCACAUGUAAGUUAAACCCUUUAAAAUUGAUUCCAACACUUAAAAUAAUGGUAACAUACCAGUGCGUAUUGUUUCUGCAUUGCUUCUGGAAAGUGUGAGAAUUGUCAAUCACUAUAAAGUUCUUAAGAGGCUGAAAAUGGCUUUAUGGGUACCCCACUUUUCACAUUUGACAUAGUUAUCAAUGGAUGCCAAACUGUAAUGUUGUACCUGAGUAAGUUCCCAUAAGCUGCCAAUGAUAUAUAUAACCCUUUCACCUCUAGUGGCUGCAGACGAGAACCAUUCUUGUAAGUGAUCAGCUUCAUGCAGUUAUGGACACAUUUCUCUCAUGUCAAGGUUGCCACUCACAUGAGCAUCUAUUCUAGUACAUGCACGUAGCUCCAGUAUCACAUCAACUGUCUUGUGUAUGGGUGUGAUAUAAGAACAUUUCAUCUGCCUUUGCAUUAUUGGUCUUCUCUAUUGUUUUUUUUGUUGUUGUUUUAGUGAUGAAAGUGUCAAGUUCUUUUGCUUUCAAGUAUUAGAGCAUCACAUAAAAACAAGGUAACAUUAAACAUUGAUAAUUUCUAAUUAUAAUGAUUAAUAAUACAUUUUACAUGAUUAUUAUAAUGUGCAUCCAUUUUAAAAUUAAUCUUCCUUCCAUGGAAAAAUCAAAAAGGUUUUAUUCUGUUGGUUGAUCCGCCAUUUUAAAUUUUUGUCCACCAAAUUAUUCUGAAUAACUCUUAUUAAAAGAUGUUAUCAGAAAAUUUAAUUUUUAAAUAUUUACUCACUUGGUAUGAUAUUAUGUAGGCUAUCAAUUGGGUUUAAUUGUUUUCUUACCAGGAAUAACUUAUAAACAUUUAAUCACUAGCUGUAUUCAGUAUACACAUGCUUCAGUCUCCUGUACUGUACAAGACGCCUUGGAUGAUCUUGUCUAAGUCUGUGAUCCUACCCAAAAAAAGGCUAUGUUUUUUUAUUUUUUUAUUCUGUGCACAGACAUGUGUCAUCAAAUCUUGUAGAUCAAGCACUCAGAGAGAUUCUUUUGACCUGGCUACGAAAUCAGGUACACUAGGCUAAUUUACUCUAUAGUAGAAUCCCAAGGAACAUUUUCUCAUUUUUUGCCACUCGCCCUAGAUUGCAAUGUCUGUCUUUAGGUGAAAAAGGAUGUCUUGCUAAUACCUUUGACAUAUUAUUAUGGUCUAGACUCUCUCUUUGUCUUUCAUCUAAAUUGAUUGAAACAACUUGUUUUUAUGUCAAAAGGUAGAGCAAAAUAAUAUUGUCAAUUUUUUAUAGUUGUGCAAAGAUGCCUAAAAGUGGACAUAAGUGCAUUGGUUUGCAAAGCCAUGAGAGUCUUCCUAGCACCUUUGUUUUUUGAAUUCUUAUACCUACACUGUAGCAGUAAUUGUAACAUUUUCACUGCAAUUUUUCAUUGACCCUUGUUGUAACUUUUCAGUGUUGUACCGAGUCAGAUAACAAGAAUUUCUUGAAGAACAAGGCAGCGCAAGUCUUUAUCUUGAUCUUUGUCUGUGAUUAUCCUGAGAAGGUUAGCUGAUUUAUUGUUAUUUCAAGUGUAAUGAGUGUGAAUAUUGGUACCCUAAAUUGUAACUUGUGCCCAGAUUUCAUUCAGUGUGAGAGAACUUCAUUUAAUUUCCUGCUUCCUGCUCAGCCAGCAAGAAAAACAUUUUUUUCGCAUUUAAACCUAUUGACAAUCAGGUAACAACUGCGACUCUUGGUGAAAGUGGGUGCCCAGGAUGACCAGGGUCUUGCACUUUUGUCACAGUCAGCCCUUAGAUUAUGCCCUCAUGACAGGUAAACUCACGCCUUCCAGCCAUGAGCCCCCUAACCUGAGAUCAGGCGUUAUUUUUUUUUUGGCUUCUUUGCUUCUUUGGCUCGAGAGGGAAAAAAGUAACGCCUGAUACAUUCAUUUAACAAGCCAUCAACCGCCCCCUAAUUUACAUAAUCUAACGUCUGCAUGACCUGUCACGUUAUUAGCCAAUAAGCGUUUACCAUACAGGAAUCAAAUUUUGGCGCGAAUAAUGUCUCUUUUGAAAUCAAUUUUAGGGAAAAGAAAAUUUUUUAGUGCGUCCACAUUCAGAUGGCGCUUCGAUUCCUAAAAAAAGUUUAAAUGUGUUGUUUUUGUGACGAAAUACUGCUAGCUGGAGCUGCCGUACCUUUAUUUAACAGCUACAAAUAAUAAAGAAUUUACUAGUUAAAGCUCGUUGACUUCGCUCUGUGUCGAAAGCAGUGAAAAAAAAAUUAGGCUGAAGCACCAUAUUUCACGAACUGAAAGGUAUUGUGAAAGCGAAGAUCGCUCAGAAUAAUUCGCAGAUUUCUGAGGGAGGAAUUACGGUCAAACCAGGUCAAGAUUCCAUUCAUGAAUUGAUUAUUUGAAAAGUGAACCCGUUUGUCGCUUCUGUAACUUGUAGCCGGUAUCAAAUUGCAUUCAAAUGAUCGGUGAAGUUUCGACUGCAACUUUUUAGUAUACGAUGAGAUGGAAAAUAUUUCAAUGGAUGAAACUUCAAUUUAGGCAUUCUUCAAAUUCAAGAAAACUGAGCCGACAGAAAUUUCAAAACGAACUUGCGUGUGUAUUCACUGCUCAUUACGCACGCAAAAAUGCAGACUGAAAUCAACAACAACUAACAGAUGGCGGCAUUUUGGCCAAUCGGAACAGCGCAAAUCAUCCGUAUUGUUUCCUAUCCAAUCAGAAAAAAGUCCAGAUUCUGGCUUUUUUACAUGUGAUCCGGCAAAGAAAUGUAUCAUGCCCUCUUCCCGUGAGAGACAUAAAGGGAUAAUAGGGAGAGGGCAUGAUCUCAGGCUAUGAGCCCCCACACCAAUGGAACCAGGCACCUUAUCAGAGAAAAAUUAAAGGGAGGGAAGGGUUGGGGGAAAGGCACAAUCUAAAGGCUGAUCAAAGAGAGUAAUCGCUUUGAAAGCAUUGUACUAAGCACAUGGAGCUGGAGCUAAUGGUAGCAAGGGUGACUGUGUUUGAGCCACCAAACUGACCGCUGAGCAACAACACACAAUGGCGCUCCUUGUUAUUAACUGCGUUAAAUGUUGUUUAACUUCAUGUUACAUUUCUCGUCUCCCUGUAGUGGCUGCUGUUUUUCUCAGACCUCCUCCAGUGCUUACAAUAUGGAUCAUUAGCUGUGGAUAUGUACCUUAGGAUUUUGAAGGCAAUUGAUGAGGAAGUGGUUGAUAGAGAUGUGAUAAGGAGUCAACAGGUUUAUUUUGUGAAUUGUUUUAAAGACUGUUACAAUUUCCAUUGGUAAAAAUAUAUCUCCAACAGAGAGGGGUACAAUCAAACAGAAAUUGAGAACCUAUUCAAUUCUAUAUAUAAUAUUGUACUACCUAACAUCUCAUACGAGCAGCUUGCAGCCACUGAAGCUGAACCCAUUUUAGUGGGUGUCUGUAAAGCGUGUUUGGACUGUACCUAAAUUUUUUAUUUUCCUAAUAUAAAAGCUCGUUAAAGCUUGUCAUUCAAGUUGUUUUUGUUGUGACAAAGUCCACCAUGCCACACACGUGAAGUUGUCGGUGCUGAUAUGAAUCUAAACAUGCUGUGCAAAGGGCUAUGCUGUACAUGUGUGAAAUUGCCCUGAUGAAAAUCAAAAUCCUUUGGAGUUAAAACACUGCUUCUAGAAUCUUGCUUGUCACAUCUUGAAACUUGUGUAAAGACUCAAAGAUUUGAUUUAAGACUGUCAACUUUUGUGGAGUUUCAGUCGGUUGUACUUGUACAAGUUUGUAAAACCAUUUACUGAUCAAUCAGUUUAGAAGCUGAAUGAAAUUUUUCUUCCAUGAACAGGAAGCAGAGAGGAACACAAAAAUUAAUGAUCACAUCAGGGAUACGUGCGUCACAGAGCUCGUUGACUCUUGGUUUCAGAUUCUGGUAGGUGGGAAUCUUGUAUUUUGGUACAACAAUGAGGUUGAGGUUUCGCUGACUGUUUUUUAA